UAGUUUUAAAGAAAAGCUUUCCAAGCCAGUGGUUGAACACGGAUCCGAUGACUGAUCAGCUCUUUUCUUCUUGUCCUGCAGAAGUGAAUCAGUGAAGGACGAUGGCGUCUGUUUCAGAACAGCUUCUGGCCGCACUGGAUGAUCUAGACGCAGAUGAACUGAAGAGGUUUAAAUGGCGUUUCAAGAAUCAUUACUGUGUUUCAAGCGCUGCUCUGGAUAAGGCAGACCCCCCUGACACAGUGGAUCUGAUGAUGAAGCGUUUCGGACCGGAAGAAGCUGUGAAGAUCAUGGUGGAGAUCCUGAGGAAGAUGAACCAGAACCAUGUGGCUGACAAGUUAGAGGACAGACACAAGCAAGCUCAGGCUGAGGCCAGCGUUGAGGAUCCUGCACUUGUCGGAGCCGAAUCCGAACCGAUAGGGGACAGGAAAAUCGUACCAGAUUGGGACAACAUGAGGAUCAACUUGAAGGUAACGCAGAGGUCAUUCAAGCAGAGAAUCCAGCAGCGAGAGAAAGACCUUCAGCAGUUGAAGGAGGCUGUGGAGUCCUAUAAGCGCUCUGCACAGACAGCCGUGGAGGAAAGUGAGAGGAUCUUCACGGAGCUCAUUCGCUCCAUUGAGAGAAGCAGCUCUGAGGUGACACAGCGGAUCAGAGAUCAGGAACAGGCUGCGCUGAGUCGAGCCGAAGUAGGACUGGAGCAACUGGAGCAGGAGAUCAAUGAUCUGAGGAUGAGAGACGCCGAGCUGGAGCAGCUUUCACACACACAGGAUCACAUCCAGUUCCGGCAGAGUUUCCAGUCUCUCUCAGCACCUCCCGAAUCUACAGAGGUACCCAAAAUCCCCUUCAGUUCUCUCUUCUCUUUUGAUGGCCUGAGAGAAUCUGUCCGUCAGCUGGGAGAGAAACUGGAGGAUUUCUGCAAAGAGGAGAUAAAAAAGAUCUCAGACAGAGUCACAUUCACCAACAUUGUUUCUAAGACCAGGAACGACCUCUUACAAUAUUAUCAUCAGCUCACUCUGGAUCCGAACACAAUGAAUAGACAACUUGUUCUGUCAGAGAAGAACAGCGUGAUAACUCACACCAACAGAGAUCAGCCGUAUCCUGAUCAUCCAGACCGAUUUCAUAAUGGGCUUCAGGUGUUGUGUAGAGAGAGUGUGUGUGGACGCUCUUACUGGGAGAUUGAGUGGAGUGGACAAGUGUAUAUAGCAGUGUCAUAUAAGAGCAUCAGCAGGAAGGGACAGUAUAAUGAGUGUCGGUUCGGAUCUAAUGAUCAGUCGUGGAGUUUGGACUGCUUUGACUACAGUUACUCAUUCAGACACAAUAACAUAGAGACUAAACUCACUGUAAAGUCCAUCAGCAGUAGAACAGGAGUGUGUGUGGAUCCCAGUGCAGGAACUCUGUCCUUCUACAGCGUCGACAGAGACACAAUGAUCCUCAUACACACAGUCCAGACCACAUUCACUCAGCCGCUCUAUCCGGGGUUUUGGGUUGGUUCUGUAUCAUCAGUGAAACUGUGUUGAUGAAUCAGAAUAGAUUAUACAGAUAUUCUACCCAUAAUACUUUGAGCUGCAUGAUAAAUCGGCAACAGUGAAAUGUUAUCCAUGUCAGGUAAGAGUGGGCACAGCCAUUUGUCUGGCUUAGGUUGUGAUUCACUUCCAGUUAGUUUUAGCUAUAUAAAACAGCUUGUUAUAAUAAAUGAAUAAUAAAUCCCUUGAAAUGAGAUAUGAUGUGUGAAAGAUAAGAUUUUUAUGGACGAUCUUUUAGUUAAAUAUCUGCAAUGAGAUCACGGCAGUAAGGUUCGCAAAUCUGAGAAGAAGGAAGAGAAGGUGCUUGCGGGGACCUCCUGCUGAGACUUAACUUUCCCAACAUAGACCGAUCUGCCGUGGCCAACAAAUUGUGAACAAAUUAAAGAAGACUGUAAAAAGUUGUAUGAUUCGGUUGAAUAUGAAAUGUUUCAUUUGCAAGACAAGCUUGAACUGCAAACCGAAGGGUCACUGUUUAAAACCGAAUGUGAUUUCAUGAUGUGAUGUCUGCUGUUGAGGCCCUGUUCAUUCUGCAAGAGACACUUCAACACCUUCUGCCCUGACUGUAAAAUGUGAGAGGUCAGGGUGGGUUCUCAACGGCUAUUAAAGGGGUGGAUACUCUACCCAAAAAUGAAAAUUCUGUCAUGAUUUACUCACCCUUAAGUUGCUGGAGUAUCCCUUUAAUAGAAAAGAUGACCAAAUAAGCUUGUGUGGUUGUGCUGCAUAAAAUAAGUAUGGAAAGGUUUUUGAAUAUGUGCUUUUUGCAAGGUUGUGUGCAUUAGGGACCAGUCCAGUACGAGUCCAAUUAUUUACCAUUCAAGGGAAUGGCUGCACUAUAAUGACAGCCCAUAGCUUUAAGACAGCCAUAUAACGAGAAUAGUAAUAAAAAGCUUCAUCGCCUUUUUCUCUGAGCCACAUUUUUGGGGUGAAUACGUGUUCAUGUUAUGUGUGCCUUUGGAUUUUUUGUCUUUGGAUUUCUCCUUAUCUUUUUAAAUAAAGAGAAAUCACAU